AUGUAUUCGACUUUGGCCAUUCUUUCCGGUCUUUUGACCUUCAUUACUUUCACCACUACCGUCACUGCUCAUGGUUUCGUCCAAGGCAUCGUCACCAGCAACAAGUGGUAUCCCGGAGCCCAACCAUGGUGGCGCGUCAACCCAAAUGUCCCUCAUGCCAAAACCGCCGGCUGGUCUUCCCUGAACCAAGAUCUUGGGUACAUCUCUCCUUCUGAAUACAACACUGCCGACAUUGCCUGCCACAAGAGUGCCAAGUCUACAAACACACGUAUUCCUGUCAAUGCUGGAGACAAAGUAAAGCUGCUUUGGAGUGAUUGGCCUUCCAGCCACAAAGGACCGGUGCUCACUUAUCUUGCCAAGUGCCCUGGAGAUUGCAGUGUUGUCAAUCCUACUACUCUUGACUGGUUCAAGAUUGAUCAAGCAGGUCUGAUCAAUGGUAAUCCUGCACCUGGCACAUGGGCAACCGACACCCUAAUUGCAAACAACAACUCCUGGACCAUCACCAUUCCUCCUACUUUGGCUCAAGGCUCCUACGUCCUCCGCCACGAAAUCAUCGCGCUGCACAGUGCCGACAAAGCCAACGGAGCCCAAAACUACCCCAACUGUAUCAAUUUCCAAAUCUCUGGAAAGGGAACUGCUAAGCCUGCUGGUGUCAAGGCUACCAAGCUUUACACUGCUACUAGUAAAAGUAUUGCGAUUAGUAUCUAUUGGCCUGUGUUGAAGAGUUAUAGUAUUCCUGGGCCUGCGCUUUGGAAGGGUGCUGUCAAGAGGUGGGUUGAGAGGAUUUGGGAGGCGUGA